CUCGUUCUCAGGUUCUCCUUGCACACGCACACACACAAACACACGCUUGCCGGGCCUCCCCUCCUCACGGCCCCCUAUCUCCUCGUCCGAGCUGACGCCGCCGUCGGGGGGAGGAUUGAUGUCCCUUCAGCAUCAUGCAGCCGCCGCCGAGGAAGGUGAAAGUUACACAAGAACUGAAAAACACUCAAGUUGAGCAGAUGACAAAACUUCAAGCCAAACAUCAAGCAGAAUGUGAUUUACUUGAAGAUAUGAGGACAUUCAGUCAGAAGAAAGCUGCCAUUGAAAGAGAGUAUGCACAGGGUAUCCAGAAGUUGGCUAGUCAGUAUCUGAAGAGAGAUUGGCCUGGAAUAAAAGCUGAUGAUCGGAAUGAUUACAGGAGCAUGUAUCCUGUUUGGAAGUCUUUUCUUGAGGGAACAAUGCAGGUAGCCCAGUCUCGGAUCAAUAUAUGUGAAAACUAUAAAAACUUCAUUUCUGAGCCUGCAAGGACAGUGAGAAGCUUAAAAGAACAGCAACUAAAAAGGUGUGUGGACCAGUUGACAAAGAUCCAAACUGAAUUACAAGAGACAGUGAAAGAUUUAGCUAAAGGCAAAAAGAAGUACUUUGAGACUGAACAGAUGGCUCAUGCAGUACGAGAGAAAGCUGACAUCGAAGCAAAAUCUAAACUUAGUCUUUUUCAAUCAAGAAUCAGUUUACAGAAAGCAAGUGUAAAGUUAAAAGCCCGGCGAUCUGAAUGUAAUUCUAAAGCUACCCAUGCAAGGAAUGAUUAUCUUCUUACACUAGCAGCAGCAAAUGCACACCAGGAUCGCUACUAUCAAACAGAUUUAGUUAACAUUAUGAAGGCUCUUGAUGGAAAUGUGUAUGAUCACCUGAAGGAUUAUUUAAUAGCCUUCAGUCGAACUGAACUAGAGACAUGCCAAGCUGUGCAGAACACAUUCCAAUUUUUAUUAGAAACCUCCAGCAAGGUGGUACGGGACUAUAAUCUUCAGCUGUUUUUACAAGAGAAUGCUGUAUUUCACAAACCCCAGCCUUUCCAGUUCCAGCCCUGUGACAGCGAUACUAGCCGACAAUUAGAAUCAGAAACUGGGACCACAGAGGAGCACAGUCUAAACAAGGAGGCUCGAAAAUGGGCCACACGUGUGGCACGUGAGCACAAAAACAUUGUUCACCAACAGCGGGUUUUAGAUGAUCUGGAAUGUCAUGGAGUUGCAGUGUCAGAACAAAGCCGAGCAGAGCUGGAACAGAAAAUAGAUGAAGCCAGAGAAAAUAUUCGUAAAGCAGAGAUAAUUAAGUUGAAAGCUGAAGCCCGGCUGGACCUGCUAAAGCAGAUCGGUGUUUCUGUGGACACGUGGCUGAAGAGUGCAAUGAAUCAAGUAAUGGAAGAACUGGAAAAUGAACGAUGGGCUCGCCUUCCUGCAGUGACAAACAACGGCACUUUACACUCGCUUAAUGCAGAUCCUGAAAGAGAGGAAGGAGAAGAGUUUGAAGACAAUAUGGAUGUUUUUGAUGACAGCAGUUCCAGCCCUUCUGGCACCUUAAGAAAUUAUCCACUCACCUGCAAAGUUGUUUAUUCCUACAAGGCUUCUCAACCAGAUGAGUUGACCAUUGAGGAACAUGAGGUGUUAGAAGUGAUUGAAGAUGGAGAUAUGGAAGACUGGGUAAAGGCUCGAAAUAAAGUUGGCCAAGUGGGUUAUGUGCCAGAAAAGUACCUACAGUUUCCCACCUCGAACAGUCUACUGAGUAUGCUGCAGUCCUUGGCUGCCUUGGACAGUCGGUCACACACAUCCAGCAAUUCCACGGAGGCCGAGCUCGUUUCAGGCAGCCUCAACGGAGAUGCCAGUGUCUGUUUCGUGAAAGCACUUUAUGACUAUGAGGGCCAGACAGAUGAUGAAUUAUCCUUUCCUGAGGGAGCAAUCAUCCGAAUCUUGAACAAAGAAAACCAGGAUGACGAUGGCUUCUGGGAAGGGGAAUUCAGUGGGCGGAUUGGCGUUUUCCCAUCGGUGCUAGUGGAAGAACUUUCAGCCUCAGAAAAUGGUGACACUCCGCGGAUGAGAGAGAUUCAGAUCUCUCCUUCCCCCAAGCUGCCGGGCUCCCUGCCUCCACUGCCGCUGUAUGACCAGCCUCCCAGCAGCCCUUACCCCAGCCCAGAUAAGAGGAGCUCCCAGUACUUCCCACGCUCUCCCUCAGCAAAUGAAAACAGCUUCCUUGCCGAAUCGCCGGGAUUUUCACAGGCAUCAAGGCAUACUCCUGAGACCUCAUAUGGCAAACUGCGACCUGUCCGGGCAGCUCCCCCUCCACCUACACAGAACCACCGAAGGCCAGCAGAGAAGAUUGAGGAUGUAGAAAUCACACUGGUGUGAUGAUGGGUUUACCCAGCCAUUACUGCUACAAUCAAGGCCAGGCUUGGCGUUUGGCCAUUCUUGUUCUUUAGGCACCUUUGCAUGAUGAUGACUCUUGAACAGAGCAAAAACAAGAAGGAGCAUGGGACUGGGUAGCCUGGUGCACUCCUCCCACGUUUUGAAUAUUUUGUGCCUUUUUUUGUUGUCAUUUUCUAUGUCAUCUCUCCUAUCAUAGCACAAAGCCUAGUGGGCCCUAGAAGCAGAGGGGGACAGCCCUCAGGCCUAUCAGUGGUCCAUUUUUAUAUGAGACUGGAGACCAGGCCUCAUUCGGGGCACGGUCACAGAGAAACUGAUCAUGGGCACUCGUACAGUAUAUUACUGUGGCCACAAGGAUGUGGCAAAGAUCCUCAUCUUUCUUCAGGUGGCUUUUGCUCAUCUGAUUGAGUUUAAUCAGAUCAUGUUGGCUACAUAAGGAACUAGAAGGAGGGAUUUCAGGAGAGGCUGGCUCCUCCCCACAGUUAGUCCCCAGACUGAGAAAGUGAAACCUUAUUGGAAAAAAAGUGGGCUGCCCUGAGUUUAUUGCCAGUUGCAUUAAUGCACAUCUCUUCCACAGCUAACAGAUUUAAAACAGUAACAGUGUCCUUUGUAUUAAUAUUUACGCCAUUCAUUUAGUGUUAGUGGAGCUAAUAUGGAGGGGCUGCACUCAUAGCCAAUUCUGAUCCAUCACAUAGACUAAUAGAAAGGAGGCUGCGGCUGAAGCAGAAAUGGAGCUUCCGGAUCUGAAACGAGCUGAUUUAAUGUUCUUUUUGUAUUUGGGUAUUUUUUUCAUCUUAAUUUUUGCAGCAUAUAUUCUCCUGAUCAAUACCUUUUGAGUCGGAACCUCUAGAUAAAUUGGGGACACAUACUUCCCUUGUUGAGCUUCUCUACUGGGGAGGCCCCUCGCGCUGUUUUAUUCCCAAGCCCAAGCCCAGCCGGCCAGCCUGUGGCUGCUCCAGACCAGCAGCCAAACCCCACAGAAAGUACAGCUUCCCAGCUCCCCCUGACUCAACGUUUCCUUGGGAGGAAGAACCUGUGGGUCAUGGAGGAAACCAGCUGCCCAUGCAGAAGGACUAAAGGAUGGCACACCGCACACAAGUGCAGACUGACAAGUUCUCCCUAUCACCGGGAGAGCCGGGAGGAGCGUUCUCCACAGGUUGGCGAGCUCGCAGUGGCAGGUGGCCCCGAGGAGGUCUCUGUGGGCGAUAGGGAGAGCUGAACCCAGCGACGAGGGGGUUUUGCAGUUGCUUUUUUUUUUUUUUUUCUUAAGAAAUCAAAUUUGCAGAAUUCAG